CCUUCUCGAAUAACCAUUAAGGAGAGGUAGAGCAGACAUUCAAGAAAGGUGACCCAUCUUGAAGAAAAAGGAGAAAGAAGAAGAAAGAAAUAAAUGAAAGAAAAGAGACUCAUGCGUUCUCAUUCUAUGGAUUGGUUGAUCUGGGUGACGUGAUUUCGGCCUUCGUAUUCAAAUAACCCAAAUCCCACAUCGGAAUUUUGGGUCUCUCUUCCCUCCUUCUCUCCUUCUCUUUGUUUUUUUUUCUUGGAGAUUGGAUUUUGUAGAAAUCAAAGAAGAAGAAGAAGAAGAAGAUAAGCUUGUUUGUCUCUCUCUAUCCAUUCAAUACAUGUUCUUGAUUGGAUUGAAUGAGCAAAACCAAGAAUAAAUUUCUGGUUUCCCUUGCUUUUUCUUCCUCUCAUUUGUUCUGUUCUUGUAGCACUGGAUAGAGGAAGUAGAAGAAAUUAGAGAGAGGAGAGAGAGAAUAUUGCAUGUGUUGUUGCUUGAAUUGGAUAAGCAAAACGCACCAAACCAACAUUGAAAUCUUGGGUUUCUUUUGUUUUGCUCCGCUCCUUGAGAAUCUGUUCUAGACUCUUUCUGUCUUUUUAUUUUGGGGGUCUUUUUUUUUUUUUUUUUUCCUUUCUAAGAAUGGACGUUGCUUCAUACCUGAACUUCCCAUCUCAGAAAUGGGAUUUUGGAUGCGGCUCCUGGGCCUUUGAGUGUUUCGCGGUGAUUUCAAAUAUCUCGAUGCUGCUUCUUGCGUUUGUUUUGGGAUUGAAGGUCUUCUUGCAAGUGGGGAGUCAUUGCAAGGGAAUGCAUGGAUUUCUUGGCAUGUUUAGGAGGAAAUCAAGUGAUUUGAGAAAUGGGUUUUGUUCCGGGAAGGAUGCUGGCGAUGUUUCGGGUCCAAACAAGUCUUUUGGCGGUGAUUAUUGUAAAUUUGGAAAAGUUUCUACUGUUUUCCUUCUUGAAAAAUUGAAAAGAGAUGAGUUUUUCAAAGAGAGACAGAAUUUGGGUUGUUGCCAAGAAGAAAGAGGGGACUCUACGUAUUGCAGAAAUGGGAAUUUUAGUAGUAUUCUCAAGGCAAGAGAGUCUUCGGAAGAAGAUGAAGAGAAAGAAGAAGGUUGUGAGGGCCAUGAGGAAGAUGAUGUUGUACAUCUAAAAGAAAUGAUUCUGAUCGAACGAGAACGUCGAAAUGCUGUUUAUUUAGAGCUUGAAAAAGAAAGGCUGGCUGCUGCGUCUGCCGCCAAUGAGGCGAUUGCAAUGAUUCAGCGCCUUCAGAACGAGAAAAAUCUGAUAGAAAUGGAGGCCCGCCAGUACCGUAGUGUUGCUGAGCAGAAGCAGCUUUACGAUCAAGAAGUGAUUCGAGCUCUUCAAUGGAUUGUAUCGACACAUGAAUUGGAGAGGAGCCUUGAAGAGAAGCAAUUGAAGCAGAGUCGGAGAAGGUUGUUCAAGGGAAAUGCAUGCGAUGAGACCAGUAAUGAAGCAGAAGAAUGCCAUGAUGAUGAAUAUCAGUCGAAAGACUGUGAAACAGAUCGAUCAGUGGGGUGUAGUGCAAUUUGAAUCUGUCUUUAACUUCCGUAGAUGAUUGUGCAGAUCGGCUAAUGGGUUCUCUUGAUAUAGAUUCAUCACUCAUGUAAGUUCUCAAUGUUUUUGGAUUAGUGGAUGGACAUCUUGAUGGAAAUGUAUGUGUGAAUCACCCUUUUCAUGUUAAAUGAUUGUAUGUAGAAAUGCGAUUUUGGGAAUAAUGUAGCUGACAGUCUUUUAUUAACAUCAAUAAGGAUGUAUUACCUAU